AUGGCACAGAAUGAACUGUCCGAGUAUGAGCUGCAGCGGCAGCGAAGGAUUGAAGAGAACCAGCGCAUCAUGCAUCAGAUGGGGGUGGUGGAUGCCGCCGCGAACAUUCAGGCCAGCCACCAGGCCAGCCAAGCGCAGCGACCGCAGCCCCGUCCCAAACGCAAGUUCGAGACGCUGCUGAUCAAGCAGGAGGACCUGCGGCGAUCGGAUCGGUCAAGGAAGGAUGUCAACUACAACGAGAAUGAUGCCUCGAGGCAGGAACAGGCGCUGGCCCGGGCAGAGGCCCGCUCCAGGACGAUUACCAUCCGGCGGUUCAAGCCGGCUGCCGGCGGCGACCGCGUCGCGGCUCGGGAGCACAUCGAGGGCCUGAGCAACCCGGCGAUGAUCAAGGUGCUGAGCUCCAGCAUGGUGUAUGGAGGCUUCUGGUGCACCGCGCCCUCGGGCCUAGCCAGCCACGUAAAGGUGACGGACAAGGUGAACCUGGCCGCCUACCUGGCGCCGCAGCAUGAGGUGCCGGAGGGCGCAGAGUACACGACGGACGACCCCAACGGCGGCAAGUAUUGGGACAUGGUGUGGCUGCCGCACGGCAGGAGCUAUGGCUUCAGCGGCGGCUGGCGCGGCUUUGCCAUCGACCUGAAGCUGUUCCCUGGCGAUGCGGUGGUGGUGGAGACAGUGCCGACUGCCCAGCACGUCACCACCGGCACCCGCUUCAGCCUCACCAUGCACAUCUUCCGGGCGCUCGAUUUUGAGAGCGAGGCUGCCAAGGAGGCGCGGCGCAAGGCCCUGGAGGCGGCCGCCGCUGUAGAGGCAGCUGAGGACGAGGCAGCUGGCGCCGAGGAGGCAGAGCAGCAGACGCAGCAGCAGCAGCAGCAGCAGCAGGAGCAGGAGCAGGGCGAGCAGUCGGCUGAGGCUGGCGCAGCGGCGGAGCUUUCAGAGCUCGAGGCAGAGCAGGAUGCAGCAGCUACUGCGGUGGCAGAGAUCUCGGAGCCUGAGCAGGAGCAGGCUGUGGCUGCCGCAACGGCUGAGCUCUCAGAUCAGGAGCCGGGGCAGGAGGCUGCGGAAACAGCUACCUCGCCGGCCUUCCCAGCAAGUGGCGGCAAGCGGCAUCGGCAGACCAUGCUGGCUGCGGCUGGCGGCAGCAAGCGGCAGAAGCGCGCCGUGGCGGCCAGCAAGCCUCCUGCGGCGCCGCCCGGCAAGGCGCCACCCAGGAAAGCCAGUGCCGAUGGCAAGGCCGCCAAGCCCGCUGCCAAGAAGAGGGCUGCCAAGAAGAGGGCAGGCGGUGCUGAAAAGCAGAAGAAAGGCGGCGCAGCAGCUGCGGCCAAGACACAGCAGAAGCGGCAGCCAGCCAAGGAGCCGGCCAAGCCAGCGCAGCAGCAGGAGCCCGAGAAGCAGCCGGAGGAGGAGGAGGCUUGGGAUGUGGAGUGCAUCGUGGGGGUGAAGGGCAAGGGCAAGAGCCUGAAGUACGAAAUCAAGUGGGUGGGGUAUGAGGAGACGACCUGGGAGCAUGCCACCAUGCUCGACCAGCCGGUGCACACAUACAACCUGGCGCCGGGGCUGGUGGUGUGA